GUUUUGUACGUUGCUCACAUUUAUAAGAAGACGUUCUAUUACCAGUUUCGUUUAAACGUCCAUUUGUUGGCAAACAGUUAAGACGUCUUUACAGCAACACAUUUCAAUUAUCAAAACUUAUAUACCGUUAUAUCAAUAUGUGGAGAGUUAUUUUAAUAUCGACAUGUGUUUUGUGGGGAGUUAUGGAUUCAGAAGCUGCUUCUAAACACAUGAAAAAACGUGGAGUCGGUUCCUAUUCUGGUAGCUAUUCCGGCUCAAAUGGUGACAAUGGUGGUUACGUAGGAAACUACAAUGACUACGAUGAUUUUGGUUAUGCUCCUGAUUUUGGUUUCGGUUUCUUGGAUCCUUACGCAUUCCAUCAACAAUUGACCUCACAAAUUUUGGCCCAACAAGCAGCUCAACAAAAUGCUAUAGCCUCGAUUUUAACUAUGGGUGAUGCAACGGUGACAGCUGAAGCUUCUAAUCUGCCUAAUGAUAUUCCAGAUUAUGAUGAACAACAAGCUGCUUUCUUCGACAAUAUCAGACAUCAAAAUCAUUACAGUUACAAGGGCGGCAAGGGUAACCGUUAUGCUCCCAACUACUCGGCAGCUGCUGCCUCUUUAGGUCCCGCCGGUGGUUACCAAACAGCUUUCAUAAGCCCUGAAAAUCCUAGCAUUCCCAAUGUUAGCAACCGCUUUGGAUCGUCCAGCCCCGGUGGCUACAAGGGUGUCUCGGUUAGUUCUUUCAGCUCCAGCUCAGAUGUUAAUGGCAAAAAGACCAGUCACCGUGGAGCUCAAACGACAAUCAACGACAAUGGUCGUGUAACCACCUACAAGGUCAAUUCAUAAGAUGUGAAAUUUCUGUGAAAUAGUUUUCAUAAGUUUUAUUUUUUUUACUUAUACUCUUAUAAAUUAUUUUAUUUAAUUAUUUGAUGAAAUUUCUUAUUUAAUAUUUUCUUAAUUUUAUUUAAAUUGUACUCCUAUCUAUAUUAUAACGAGAAAAAAAAACAACACAACAUACACACAACAAAAAUUAUUCAAAAAAUGAUAAUAAAUUAUUUAAUACUCAUAUCAAUUAUCAAGAA